AUGAACGGAGUCUCACAUGCAGACCUAGCAGCAGCCGUGAGCAAUGCAGGCGGAAUUGGAUCAAUUGGUGGACUGACAAUGACGCCAAAAGUCCUCACAAAGGAGAUCACAUGGCUGAAGAAUGGAUUGGCUGACAAGUCCCUGCCGUUUGGAGUCGAUCUGGCAAUUCCACAGAUUGGAGGCAGUGCAAGGAAGACGAACCACGACUACACGCAUGGCCACUUGCCAGAACUGAUUGACAUCAUCGUGGCAGAAAAAGCCAAACUCUUCAUUUGUGCCGUGGGGGUGCCUCCUCAAUGGGCGGUAGACAAGCUCCAUGCUGGAGGAGUUGUCAUCGCCAACAUGGUCGGCUCUGUUCGAAACACCCAGAAAGCUUUGGAAGCAGGCGUGGACAUCAUCAUCGCUCAGGGCACAGAAGGUGGCGGCCACACAGGUGACAUAGGCACCAUGUGCCUAAUCCCCCAAGUCGUAGAUGCAUGCCGCGGACGAAGAAAUGCAUUUGGCGGUCCCGUUGUUUGUGUGGCUGCUGGUGGCAUUUUUGAUGGGCGUGGCUUGGCAGCUGCCAUGGGACUCGGCGCUGCUGGCGUUUGGGUUGGAACUCGUUUCAUCUGCGCCGAAGAGUCCGCCGCCCCGCAGGCCCACAAAGACAAAGUCAUAGCAUCCGGAAGCCAGGACACUGUGCGAACCUUGGUUCUUUCUGGCCGGCCCCUGCGUUUGAUCCCAAAUGACUGGAUCCGCAGCUGGGAGAAGGAUCCCGCCAGGAUCAAAGACCUCUGUGAUCAGGGCAUCGUUCCACUUACACAUGACAUGAAGGAGUCAAGGGACGAUGGCGAGAAGCGGAAGGGCAUUUUCGAUGCGAUCAACAGUUUGGCAGGCCAAGCUGCCGGAGGUGUUCAAUCGAUUGAGCCAGCUAAAAAGAUUGUGGACGACAUGGUUGCGCAGGCUACGGAGGUUUUAACAACAAACGCUUCGAUGGUCAGCAAGCUAUAG